UACUGAAAUAUGUUCUUAUUCAUUUAAGUUCAAUAAAGCAGUGUCCAUAAAGCAGAUGUACAUAUAUACCGACUGUGCGAUCUACUAGCGCCAUCUUACGAGUGUUUCAAUCUUAAUACACUCUUCUACCACCUGCAUUUUUUAUUGAAUCUUCUGAAUUUUCGAUCUCCACUCUUUGUAUCUGUUAGUUUUAUAUACCGUUAACGAAACUGUAUAAUAAUUUAGAAUGAACACGUUUUAAAACAAGAAUACUUAAUUCUUAAAUAUAAGUGAAUUUCUAAAACGAAUAAUUAUAUUUUUAAAAACAAUUAUUAAGAGAAUUUUAUAGUACAAGUUAAUAAAUUAAUCUUCAUUUAACAUGAAUGUAAUAUUAUAUAUUAUUUUGUUAACAUGUUGCCUUACUUUAGUAUCCUGUGAAUUGUUAACAACAAUGGCAGGUGCUGUUGGUCUUAGUAGUUUGGGAGUUUAUUACUAUCAAUACGUACAUUGUAAAUAUCAUGAAUGUUGUAAUGACGACUAUAUUUAUCUUGAUUUGCAAAAACUUGAGAAACUGUUGAAAAACAAGUUGUAUGGACAGCAUAUUGCUUAUAAAACAAUAAUGAACGCUUUACGUGGUUAUUUAAAUCAACGUGAUCAAGGAAAAGCAUUAUCGUUCAGUUUUCAUGGCACGCCAGGAACUGGCAAAAAUUAUGUUGCAAAGUUUAUUGCAGAAUCCUUGUAUAAAAAAGGUAUAGAAAGUAAAUAUUUCCAUUUCUUUAAUGGUAGAAUUGAAUUUCCAUUAAAAGAGCAGGUUGAAAUAUAUAAGAUGUUACUGCAGUCUAAGAUCAAAAAUGCAUUAGAAGAUUGUCCACAAUCUUUAUUCGUUUUUGACGAAGUAGAUAAAAUGCCUGAAGGAGUAUUAAAUGUUCUUGUACCUUUUUUGGAUUAUAAUACAUGGUCAACAAAAGGAGAUACAAAUAAGGCAAUUUUUAUAUUUUUAUCUAACACCGGUAGUAGACAAAUUGUGCAACGAUUAUUAAAUCUUUGGGAAAAGGGUAUAAGCAGAGACGAUACUAAGCUUCAAGAUUUUGAAAACUUAAUAUCUAUCGGGGCAUUCAAUGAAAAAGGAGGAUUUCAUCUUAGCGAUACUAUAGAAACUAGUGUUAUUGAUCAUUAUAUUCCUUUUCUUCCACUAGAAGAGGAACAUGUUAAAAAUUGUGCAAAAAUGGCAUUCAAAAAAAGAAACGUCGAACCAACUACAGAAAUGAUAGACGAAGCUUUGUCGCAUAUGACAUUUGAUCCUCCACCUCAUAACUUGUAUUCGAAAUCUGGUUGUAAAAGAAUAGAACAAAAAAUAGCUACUAUCAUAUAUUCUAUAAAAUAAUUGUUAUUUAUUAUCUUUAUUUCAACAUUUCUACUAAAAAUACUUCUUUGUAAUUGAAUAAAUAUUAUACUUGAUAAAUUUAACUAUCAUAAUUUAGAAAUUUGUACGCAUACAUUAAAUUGAUUAACUUCAUAGCAUAAGCAAUAAAAAAGAAUUUAAAAUCUU